AAUGGGGUCACGUGACACCUGUAGUAAUAAUACGCUCAGGACGGUCGUGAUCGGUUGAGACUUGGAAAAAAAUGUGAAUUAUUUGGAUGUUAACCGUGAACCUGUGAAUAUCUGUGUUUGUGAUGUUUCCGAUCGUGUGUGUGCUGUUGUCUCUUAUAGGGGUGGGGGAUGGCCAGGUCCAGCUGCAGCCAAACUGCCCCUCGGGGGAGGACAUCCUGCGCUGUAAGGGGGAAUAUGUGAGGGAUUUAGAAGGCAUUAUCGUCAACCCCCUCGAAGAGAUCUACACCACCAACACAUACUUCAUCAAACCGAUGGAAUGGACGUAUUAUGAAACACAGCAAAUAUGCAGAUUCAAGACCCAGUACAUAAACUAUCUGCUGUGCGCAAUAGAUCUGCGCAGACGGUGCAUGCUGCAGGACCAACGCCAAGUGUUAAUGUCUCGGGCCCGGAUCGAGCAGUCGAUCAACUAUUUGUGCAGCACCUAUAAGUGUGAUGAAUGCUCAAAGAUCUAUUGUGAUUACUGCUCAAGCGAUAGAUUAUUCCAGUACGACUGUGCACAGAGGAAUAUACCCCAGGUGAGGCAGUGCAUGGGGGAGUACGAGACGAUUCCACAUCACUCAACAACCCCCGACAUCGAGAAACGAACAUGGGAGUUCCAGAAUUACACUUGCAAAGUGAUCAACACCUACCGCAACUGUAUAAUCAAAGCCCACCACCCCUGCGGCUACUACACGAAGAACGUGACGGUCUGGGUCUCCUUGUUCGCCAGACCCUACAUCUGUUCAGCCACGACACACACCGCGUCCGUGCUAUUGACAAUAGGCAUAAUACUAUCAGCUGUCAUUCACAGAAUCUGUUAAUAACGUGUUUGGUUUGUUUUCAUCUUUGCUUUCAUAUUUGCAAUGGAAAAUUCACAAUUUGGUAUUGAUAUGAUGCUUUACAAUCAUUUUCAGUGACGGAACAGACUUUAUAAAAUACGUAUGAAAUGAUGAAGAAUAUCUCAGGUAUUUACGCUACAAGGUCAGAUGUCUCGUCUCGGGUAAAAAUUUGUUUCAUUGCAUAAAUAUAAUUGACUUUAUGGGGUUCAAACUCGGUUUUAUACUUUGUCGGAUAAGGGUAUAAAUCGCAAUACCCAGGGUACCUGAAGACUUUUUAAAUAUCUAUUUAUUUAAUUCGAUGAAAAGUGAUAAUGUUUGUGAUGUGUAAAGAAAAUGAUCUUGACUUGUGUAAGGGAGAUAACUCUUGUUGACUUCUUUGAAAAGAAUAGCGCUAUUAUAAAAAUAGCCUUAGUUACUUUAAUGGUAGACUGCUGGGUACGUGAUCUCAAGAUGUGAAUGAAACCGUGUUUUGUUUAUAAUAUUGUGUAUGUACAAAUAUCAAGGCUUGCUUUCUACAGUACUUGGCAAUACCAGUAUUAUAUAGAACGUUAGGACUAGAGUAUGUUACUCCAAUACUUGCUUUAGAGGGAGUCAACCCUUGAACUACAGGUGCUAGAUAGAUCGGUGAGACGUAGUGUAGUUUUUUGGUUUCCAUGGUAACGUGGUCACUUUCUUGAAUCUACGCGUGAAUGUGACACUUGAAAACAUGUGUUUUCUUGUUGAAGUAUCGAAUUUCGAUUAUUGUACAUAUAUCACCGCCAUGUUUUUGAAGAAGUGACAACAGUUGGUUCAGGUUUGUAUACUGUAAAAACAAGUGAUAAAAGUAUUGUUUUCCUACAUUCCCUUAAUAUUUCAAUAAAAGCAAAAAAGGAACAUAUUUACCAAGAUUAAACGAAGUUCAUUUGUACAUUUAACAUUACCAUAUACAUUGCAUUCUACAGCAAUAUUUUUGAGAAACAAAAUAAAAGUCUUUUAUUUCUUAGAUAAUUCGGUCAAUUUAUUUCCUUCUAUUUCAAACGAUUUUCUGAAUUCACCCAUAUGGCAAUUAUAAAGAAUUCUCACUUUUGCGUGCAGCUGUAUCAAUGAUAUUUUUGUAGAUAAUAUCUGGAUAUUGUGGUAAACUUUUGUAAAUCGUGAUGACAUUGUUCUUCCAAGUUGUUUUUCAAAACUCAGCAACUGUGCUUAUCUUCCUUUGUGAAAAAUGCAUCUGUACCUAUAAGGACAGGUGUACUAAACUCUCAUUUUUACAUCUUUUAUUAUUUAUACAAAUAAAACACCUUUUCAUUUAGGCAUGUCUUGUUAAAGUGUGUUCUCUGUUUCAAAUACUGGUUGUACAUGAUUUUAAUAUAUAUACAAACAUGUCUGUGUAUAUUUCCUGAUCGACAGUGAUAACACUUACUCGUGUUUUUAUCGCUUCUUUUGUUAAAGAUUCUCAUUGUAAAUAUAAGAUGAUGAUUGCCAUUUUUUUCGUGUUUCACAUCGUAAUUUUGGUGGAAACCGAAACUUCAAAAUGCAUGAAAUGAGAAAAACGAAAUUGCUAAUUCUUUUCACCCGGAUCAAUGGUAUUCUUGACUUAAAAUAGGGAGAAAAAAUGAUUGCAUUUUGUCAAUGUUAUAGUUUUGGUACUUCUCAAGAUUUAAAGAAAAAUCGGGUGAUAUGUGACGCGCUUUUGAGGUUUGGCUUUUUAAGAUGUUGUUUCCGUUCUUCUUUCCCCAAUAACUAUAGAUCGAUGGGCGAAACAGAAGAACAAUGCAAACAUUUCUUUAUAAAAAGUGAUGUCUUCACUGUUUUGUCCGUUGGAUGAAAUAAGGAAAACAGGAAAGGAAGUUUUUUAUAAUGACAACUUGAUUAAAUGGUUGCUUGCCUUACAAUAUUAACCCAUCAUGACCUACUUUUUUCAAGUUAUUUUUGUCAUUUCUGAUGUAAGUUAAACGAUUCGUCGAGAAGAAACAAUCCUACUCAAAUGUUUAAUAUACUUUCAUAUUUGUGAAACGUUUAGUCUGUGGAUGUUUAAAGCAAGAAAUCAAACAGAGUGUGUAAGCAUCCCGGAACUCCAUUGGUAAUCACUAGCUUUAUGUCCGGGCUGACGCUGUGCCUUGUUUUGUCCAUUCGCGGAAUGAAGGUACUGAUUACUGAUUGAGUCAAUAUCAAAACUGAUCUCAACAUAUAUCUGUACAUGUUUUGUCUGCACAAUAUAACGAGAACGCUUCAUAUGUAACAAAACUACCCAAAUUUCUACUUGUUUACUCUCCAAAAAGAUCUGCUUUUAUCUAACGUUUGCCCCGCACAUCAUUGAUGGUACAGGGUCUGUUUGAAGUGCGUUUCUCCAUCGUUUAGGACACAGUGUAUUCAAACCCGAGUAAUGAACGUGCACCACUUCCAUGUACCGUUAUCAGAUGCAAUCUCCAAGAAACGCAAUAGGUGUUGAAGUAUGUCUUUAUACUAAUUGUGCGAGUGGCGAGUGCCACCGGUAUGGCAGGACAUGCUAACCCUUUUCGCGAACGGGGGCACGGGUGGCCCAGUCGUCUAAGGCGCCGCGAUUCGCUGUGCAGAGUUGCGUCCCUUGAACAUGCCAGAAACCUAUGAUUGUGGGUUCGAAUCCUGGUUCGCCCCGAUUAUGUUUCUAGGUUUGUCAGCAACAUAACCGUGCUCGUGGGUUUCACCGGAGUGGUAAACGUCUGAGACCUGCAUCACUUCGGGCUUUCCUCCCACAUUAAGCUGACACGCCGUGAUAUGACUGGAAUAAUGUUAAAAGCGGCGUUAAACCCAACUCACUCACUCACUCACUUUUCGCGAACACCUGGUGUCAUCACUAAUUUUCAGUUAAUGGAGACUGGUUAUUCUCUGGCAUUGGCGUUUUAUAUUUAUUUGACUCAGGAAAUAUGCUGAUCAUGUAGAAUUUUAUUGCGUCAUAAAACAACUCUUAUAGAGGAUUACAGUAGGUGUCCAGUCUAGAUUUAGACGUUAUGACGUGAAGAAUCAGCAGAGGGUCAUAGCGGAGUUAGAACACAAUUGUAUGCUUGCUAGAACUAUCAUUUAAAAUGACCCCACUUAAGCAUAUCUUUCUACUGUCAGUUAAAACCGUUCGUUAAUGUUAACGGAAAGUGGCGAGCUGAUUUGAAUGAACCACCAACGUUAAGUAACGCGAAUCGGCUCAGUGAUAUUGCGCACGUAUCGUCACGCGGCGUUAGAGAUAUAAGUAGACAAGAUCCCAGUCAAGCAUUCAGCUUGGUCACGGAUUGAAGAACUGGUUACGCUCCUUGACUACGCGGCUACCUUGUCACUGUCACGAUCGAUGCAACGGACGAGGCAGUGACACAGACCAAACGAUGCACUCUUUGGCGAUGCCGAAAUAGAUUAUAUUUUUUCUUUAAUUUUAUGUCUCACUCAAGAAGAGUUUGAAUUUCCCAGGAAGCAAUUCAAAUGCACGAUCGGAAUUUGGACAGUUAGUAACUGUAAUAUCUUGCAAUUGGGCGAAAAGUAAUAAAAUCUGUGUAGCUAUUUCUAUUCUUAUUAAACCUUCUACAAGGAUUGAGUCCAGUGGUUAAAGUGUUCGCUCGUCAGGCCGAAAACAUGGGUUCGAUAACCCAUAUGGAUACAAUGUGUGAAGCCCAUUUCUGUGGCGGCCGAUGGAUUAGCCUAGUGGUUAAAGCGUUCGCUCGUCACGCAGAUUACCCGGGUUCGAUUCCCCACAUGGGUACAAUUUGUGAAGCCCAUUUCUGGUGUCCCCCGCGGUGAUGAUAAAUGCAAUGAUGUUUAAAACCAUACUCACUCAUUUCUGUCGCAAAACAUCCUUCUCUCACUUACUUUAAAAUACCCAAACAUGAAUUCAGUGGCGUUAAUUAUUACUUCGCGGAUUAAAAUACUCACAUUCUCCUUCCCCGUGUUUAAUCUUUGUUUGUUUAUGUUCUUGAUUUAAGAGUGUAGAUAUGUAUUUUACAGUUUCAGCUCUAUUUGUACAUAAGCAACUAAAAAUGUUCUCAUUUUAUAAAAAAAUCGAGAUGAUUGUCAUUUUGUAUGUACAGCAGAAUAUUUUUUAUUGUCCUGUUUGACAAAUAAAUCAUAAACUUAAUACU